AUGGCGGCCGCGCUGCGUCGGAUUCUGUCCUUCAGUAGAAAUGCUAAAGUGUUUGGAUCACCUUUGAAGACAUCGGCGCUUUCUGUACAGCGCUACAGUCUAGAAGUGUCGACCACUGGAGAGCAAGUUACCCACACUGGACAGGUGUAUGAUGAAAAUGAUCCCAGGCGGGCCAGGUUCGUGGGACGACAGAAAGAGGUGAACAAGAACUUUGCCAUCAAGCUGGUGGCUGAGGAGCCGGUCAGUGGCGUUGAGGCCAGAGUGGUGUCAUGUGAUGGGGGUGGAGGAGCACUAGGCCACCCCAAAGUCUAUAUCAACCUGGAUAAAGAAACUAAAGUGGGCACAUGUGGCUACUGUGGACUGCAGUUCAAACAGACCCAUCAUCAUUGAGACUUGUUCUCAGUCAAUCUUGCUCUGUUUAGUGUUAUUCUGGUUAAUAAAUUAUAUCUGCUAUU